CAUGCGUUGCCAAAUGCUUCAUCAAUAUUGCAUUAAAGUCGGGCAGUUUUUGUCAAAGAUUUCCGAUGCCGUUCUCACAUUCAUCUCGUCUUGUUUUCGCUGGAGAGUUUUGAAUGUUAUAAUGGUUUUUCAAGUGGGAAAUGUUAGGGAAUUGAAGACAGGAAUGUGGUGAAAGGUGAAUUUCGAUGUGGUUGGAAACAGUGCUGUACACUGCAGCUGGUGAAGUCGGCCAAGGAGUGCCAAUUGAAAAAAGAAAAUAAUUUGAAAUGAAUUCAACAAGCAGUGUCAUUGAGCCUGUAGAAAUUGUCGAGGAGACAGAAAUGAUUGACAAACAACUUGGUAUGUGUACUUUGUUUUUACUAGUGAAAACUAAAAUCUGAUAAUUACAUAUAGUGUUUGAUUUUAAAUCUCAGUUUUUUGUGGUAAAGCCAAAGAAUCGUCUUAUUCACAGCAGUUGACUUGUAACGUUACCGCAAAAACUGCGAGUGGACUACAUUGAUUUGUAUAUACGGAAAAUAAAAGUGGUUGAAAACAUACAUUUCUCGGUAAACUAUUAAUUGACACAAUAGUCUAUAUAGUAUGCCUUCAAGUAUGAACAGACUUUCUCUUUGGGUGCUUAGCAUGCGUUUUCAUAAAAUUGAUCAAUGACAAUGAACGCGGUGGUAGAAAAUUAUUAAAAUACAUUUGCUUUCCAUUUACACUUCUUGAUUUUAGGCUUACGAAUCUUUGCAAUAAUAAAUAUACGUGAUGUUUUUCACAGAACAAAACUUAUGUCACACUUAUUGUUGUUUCAAAGUCGUAUUGUUAACGCGAAAAUAAAAAAGAGUUUGCAUUUGUCAAAUUCGGUAGCCAUUUUUCACCGAGUUACGUAUGUCAUAGACAUAGGCGAUAGAUAAUGUAAUCGAUAUAAAUGCGACUAUAGCAAAUCUAUUAUAGCUAAUCUAUUAUAGCCGAUAUAAUCACUAUAUACAUAACCGAUCAAUUCCGUUAAAUCAUUCAGCAAGCAAGUGACGAGUAUUUGUCUCAACUGAUAAACUGGAUAGCACAACCUAUCUGCCUUCACAAAAGGUCAAAUAUAUACGAGCAAAAUGUACAUUAUCUUUUCAAAACAUCUUCAAACUUUAUAAAUACCAUGUUCCUUACACAUGGUUUCAAUAAUAAGACUUUCGUGAUCUUCAUUCUUUCACAAAAACCUGUUUGUUUGAGGCAUUCUCUGAUAUUCUCUCACUUUAAUUAAAAAACCAGGAACUAAUGAUGCUAUUCUGUAUUCUUGUUUCUAUUAUUACUAAUUUCAUUUUCUUGAACAAUAUCUGUACUUUUCUUCCCACCCUCGCAUCAUCCCAGCCAAUGAGAGUGCUUCGUUGUGAACUCCCACUCUCGCAGUCAAAAACCUAUUUGCAUGGCUUAUUAUCUAAAUCAUCUGUUGCGUAGCAAUCUUUGAAUACGACUUCAAAUUACUCUCCUCAUUCGAGCGUUACUUCGUUUACAUAUUAGAAAACCAGAGAAGCAAUUAUUAUUGUGUUCAAAGUUUUGCUUCAUAACUAAGACUUGGCCGCAAAGAUCGAACUCUUCAAAAUGGUCUACAUCUUCCUGUGACUAUCUUUCACUCAUAUCACGAUGCUUUCAACUUUGUAAUAUACUAUGGAUCAUCGCAGAAGUUUUCUUUAAAAAACUAUGAUUUGGACAUUAGCAAUGCAUGAGCGAGCAUAAUUGAUUCAAGUGGACGAUAUCAAAUCAGUGAAAAUAUUCAAUCGAUUGCUUGUCAGUUGGAAUAAACUUUGUACUGGGAUUUCUUGCAACUCUCUUCGACUUGGUUGUUUAAGAAUGAAGCAAACAUUGUGGAUUUAAGACAUUUCAAUUUCGACUGAAAUGACAUCGACCAUGCAGCCGACUGGAAUUUCUAUCGACGAAGAUGAUGAUACAAAAUGUAGGUGUAUGUGUGCCAGGUGUUUCACAAACUUUCCUUCACAACUCAAUGCUACUUGUACAUAAAUAUUUUCUGUUGUGUUAUCUAUCUGACUAACUUUGGCGUUGCCAUGCAUUGACAAUUAAUAGGACCGAUUGUAGCUCUGUGGGCACGCGGGUUAUUAUUGGGCAGGCAACAUUCUUUACAAAAUCAAAAGCUCUUCAUUCAGUUUCAUUUUUAGUGACUUUCCUUGCUCAGAACGACUACAUCUACGAGAAGACAUCGUGCUAUAUGUUUUCUGGCUUAUUCUUCAACGUGGUGUGUUUAAUGUCUAUAAACGCUCCAACUACAAUCAAUCAUUUACUUAUUCAGAUCGUGCUCAAUUUAUUUCGGUUUUAAAACUGAUUUAAAAUACUUCCAUUAAUGCAUUUUUCAUCAUAUAUAUAUAUCGUACUGACAUUCUCAAACAAUUUCAGCUAACAAACUCUUAAGCCAAUCGCAAUGGCACCGAAAACCUAUAUAUUAAUAUAACGAGUCUUUUCAGAGCCAUUUUAAAAAAUGCCGUCAUGUUUACACUGCGAUUGUCAAAGUUAUGUUUUGGCAUGUUCCGUUUGUGUUUGUCUAUAAAAUAAUACCUUGGUACAUAGACCCUAAUCCUUCAGACAAUUCUUAAUACUUCAUUCAAUGCUUUUAUUUCGGCAGAGAUUGAUAAAAUUAGAAUUUAGUAAAGCCAAAGCACUGUCAAGUCAUACGUCGCACUACACUGAAUUUUAUUUAUGUACAUAUUCUCAAAUGACGAACAUGGUAUAAGAUUGUACCAAUGUACAUAAGUUAAACACUAUAGCCAUUUAAAACGACGAAAAUCACUGCUCUAGAUGGGUUUUCUUGUCCAUAGACCAUACAUAUAAACUCGAGCGUAAACUAAUUCGUCUUGUAGCAACAAUUAAUGAAUGCAUAUGAUUCUUAAGUCGGGUUUUUUCCCGCACAGCAAGGAGUAGACUGAGUUAUUGGUAUAAGUUUUACGUAGAUGCAAAUUAACCAUGCAUGCCACGCUCAUAUAUACUCAUUGUUAUCAAAUAAUUUUUUGUCUUACCCAUUGCGAACUGAUCUAUUAGUUUUCACUGGAUUGAAUUAUUUUCGUACACUGACAGUGUUAUCGUAAAAUAUACCUAUGGCCAACUGAUCUAUAAAGGUGCACACUGGAUUUACUUCUAAGACUGCCGUGUCUCGUUGUCAAGACAACCCCAACAAAUGCGAAGAUAUCUUUUGUAAAUAUUUAUAUCAUUGAUUAGAUUUUUCUAUUCUAAGAUCACUUUCUAUUAUUUUCAAAUAAAUACACCCAUGCAUGCAUGCCGGCCUUUUAUGACUUUGAGAAAUAGAACAAGGCGAUAUUCACAGUACUCAGUAGUAAUUUUUUACAUAGAUAAAUUCACAUUUUUGAAGGAUUUGUAAGAAAUGUUUGAGGAAACUCAGUCAUUGUUAAACACCAACAAACCUUUCUUACAAAUCCUUCAAAACGUAGAAUUUACCGAUGCAAAAUUCCUACUGUGGUCACAGAAACUUUGCCAGGGUAAAACCAGUCUUUAGAAAUGUACACUUCCGACCAACGAUUCAAAACAUUUGUCCCCUAAUCCACUCAUUCGCAUCCCGCCAGGAACAGAACAUCACAGACAAAAUCACUAGUAUGAAAUGUGAACGGAGGUUAAGUUGGUGUAAUCUGAUGAUCUUGAUAUUGAUUUGAUAUUUACGAUCCUUAAGACUCAAGACUAAAUGAACAUCUUAUGACCUUAAAUUCUGCGCUGCCAAGCUUGCUUCGUCGUAGAUCGUCAACUGCCCAUUGACACUUUAAAUAGAUCAUUCUAGGCUUUGCAGUAACAGCCAGAGCUUGAACUCAUGAAUAAAUGUAAAUAAGUUUAGUGUGGGCUGUUCGACAGCUGUAUUGCUAAGUUUUGAAUACGUUUGAGAAGCCGUGUUUGUCUUCAUGAGAAGAUUUCGUUUCAUUCGAAGCAUAAACGAAUGUCCUGAAUGGAAAUAAAAUGUGAGUUGUGUUUAAUCUUUAUGAUCAAUUUUAGAUGUUUUAAAACUAACGAGGUUUCUUCUUCUUUCAUUUCGACAAAACACAAACAUGUUUAAUAGCCUAGAAAGAUGAAAAACUCGAUUUACCCAGUGGCAGUGAUCGCUUUUCAUGUACAUUCUAAUAUUUUUAUUACAUUUUAAGAGGAUGGGUUUAGACCUUUCAACGUUUAUGUAACUGUAAUUAUCCCCUGCCAAAUUUCUCUGUAUAAGAAAAAAUUGAGGCAGGUCUUUUCGCGAAUAUAUCAACGCUUUAUACGUAGAUUGCUGUGAAAUUUGCAUAUCAUUAUAGGCAAAAUUAAGGCCAACUUGUUGUAUUCAAGUAUGUAUGAUAGCAAGCAUUCAGUGCUUAAAAAGUAUCUUUAAAGUGUGGUACUUUUUGUUACAGGUCAGUUUCAACCAGAAUUGUUUCAGUUUUGAUUUAAAAUAUAUGUUUUAAAUCCACCUGCUUGGAAACAUAGUCUGUGUUUGAUCUAUUUUCAUGAAAAAUUAAUGACUAUUUCAUGCUUUUAUUAACAAUGGCGGACAAAGCAACAUUUUAACUUUAUAUAUACUACACUGAUCUUCAACAUGUAAGCAAGCGGAGUAAAUCUUUCUUGAAGUUUGGAAGAUGAAGGAUCGUAUUUUCAAAGAAGUAUUCUGUUAAUGUGUAUGUUUCAUUUGAUUCAUUUGAAUAUUUUGAUUUGAAGUUCUGUGUUCAAAUAAUUAAGUUGUCGUGUGUUGUACUAAAAGGCUUAUAGCUUUGUCUUUUCCGGUACAUUCAAGAACGCAAGAAUGUUUUUUUUAUAGAAUAUAGAGCUUCGUGACAUAUAAUCAUUUAUCUGCUAUGAUUUCGUUAUUUUGGUAGUCGAACAGCUUGGUAUUUCCCAUUGAUCUCGUCAAUCUAUAACUGUUUGUUUACAGUAGUUAUUAAUUCUACUCGUAAAUAAAUCUUCGUUUCUGAAAUAGAUUUCUAAAGACCUCCUUAUAUACGCUUAGAUAAUUAGGAAUUAUAAAGUCUUAAUCCCCUGGGCUCAUCUCUGAACAUCUCGUAUGUGGCAAUUGCGAUUGCGAAGAGCUCUAGAAACAGAUACUAUAAUACGAACGGUCCGUGCAGGCGUAGGUAGUGAGAAUAACACCAGAAAGUUGCGGAUGGAUAGGGAUUCAACACCUGAAAAAAAAAACAAGGAAAGUUUGACGUUGCGAACCCUUCGUCGAAACGUCCUUCGUCGAAACGCCAAAAUUUUCCUUGUAUUUUUCAAGUACUUAAAUCCCUCUGAAUCCGCAGCAUUCUGGCGAUAAUGUUUUUUAUACUCGCCAUUUUAUAUAAAAUUGUUUGUACAUAUCUGUGUAAUACGAGCAUGUAAUCUAAAAUUAUUUGCUUGAGUCCUGUUAAGUAGUAUAUCCCUUUACACCAGGAAAAUGUUUGUUGUACUAUUUACCGCAACUCACUCAAAGUGAAAUUUAUGCCCUAUUCUGUUGCAUUACAAGGGAGACGUUUCUUUUGAAUUUGAAAAAUUUUGAUUUUGGUUAUUUUGGUUUUGAUCUAUUCUCCCACUAUAGUCUUACGCAAAUAUCCCGCCCAUGCACUGCAUGCAGUAUAAAAUGCGUCUUGCUGAGAUUUAAUCAAACGUAGUUAUUAACAUGACUGCGUGUCAACAUCCAUGAACACGAUUGGAUAUGUUAGAUUGUGUUUUGAUUCCCCAACUAACUUCUCCUUUCGCUUUUAGUUCCUACACCGGCUAUAAUAUUCCUGUGUGUAAUUGCUGGAGUGAUUAUAAUCUUAUUUAUCAUCUACCAAGUGGUGAAACGUGGCUUAGUAUGUAACCUAGAGCCCCCAGAGAGACCUGACGAUGAGGAAUACGAACAUUUAAAAUCAGUUCCUUAUGAAACAGAGACAGACGAUGAUUAUUAUGGGCCAAGCUCGAAAACUCCCAGCCGCAGAAGCAGUUGCAAUACAACAAGCGGGAGUCUAAGAUCCGAUGGGGAUUUUGGUACCGGGGAUUUUUACGGCCGGGGAAAGUACUCCGAUGGUACAGAUGGCAUGGAUUAUUUCUCGUAUAGUCCCGGCACUAUGCGACGUAUGAUAGGCGGAGAAACAACCCCUCGAGGUUUAGACCCUAGGAUACAACCUGCUGGUGAGGAGUUGGUCAGUAUUGCUGGUCGGAUGCAGAUAUCUGCGAGUUAUGCCCCCACUGCGAAUAAGUUAGCUGUAAGCAUAUUGAAAGCUGAAGAUUUACCCACGAAAGAACGAGGUGGCCCCAGUAUGGUUCAAGUGCGUGUUGUUCUUCUCCCUGCAAAGAAACAAAGAUUUAAAACCAAACCUAAAGCUUCCAAUAAUGCUAGUUUCCAUGAAACGUUUACAUUUAGUCACGUGACGCAAGAAGAGAUACGUUAUGGCUCGCUCAGGAUCCGCGUGUAUGGUCACGAGAGAAUCACGCGGGAUCGUCUCGUGGGCGAGGUGAAUAUGCCGCUCUCGGAGUUUGAUUUAGAAAGUGAAUCUGACACCGUGUGGAGAAUGAUCAUUCCGAGAAGCCAAUUAUCGGUAAGCAUUCUAAGUUAGAAGCCAAUUAUCGGUAAGCAUUCGGUAAGCAUCCUCAACAAAUAUUCCAUAAUUUGUUACAUUAUUUUAUUCUAAUGCAGGGUGCAGAUUCUCUCUACGAUGUCUCAGACUCAAUGAGCAUUGGAUCAGGUCACGGGGGUUCUACGUCAUCACUAGUCGCAGUGCAUGGUGGGACACCUGAGUUGCUGGUCGCACUGUGUUAUCAAUCUCUGACUGGGAGGUUGACAGUCGAAAUUCUCAAAGCAAGCAAUCUGCGCAUGCCUGCCAUGCAACGUGCUCCAGGUAAGUCACGUGAUUAUUACCACAGUGAUAUUGCUGACCUCACUGUUACCAUAGAGAUCAUAACAUACGUAUCCAUCGUUCAAAAGGAUUGCUUUCUCAAAUGAUUGAUCCAUACAGUUUUAGAAGUACAUACAUUAAGAUCGGUGCUUCAUAGACCAUUUGCAGAAUAAUUGAAGCCUCGCCAGAAUCUGUAAACAUUGCAUAGAAAAUAAAGAAUGGAUUUCAAUCAAAAUCAGUUAAUCUGAAAAUUAAUUGUCUCCUCAUUCAUUAAUUGACCUAUUCCCUAAUGAACAAAAUUUUGAUCUAGACAACGAAACUUCGGAAUAUUACUAAUUUUGUGAUGCUCUUUCAAGCUGUGGUGAAAUUUUUGUCUAGACUUGUCUAGAUCAAAAUUUUGUUCAUUAGGGAAUAGGUCCAUUCGAUGUUUUCACUUUUAAAUAUGUUUUUUUUCCUUUGAGAAAUGAUUGUCGCCUUCCAUACUGUAGCUACAGGGACUGAAAUAGGACAUUUUCUCAGCAUGUGCAUCAAACAUCCAGCUGUUCUUAUUCCGCGUUGAGUCAAUUCGAAGGCGGCACAUACCGGGUACACGCAGAUAUUACUUGUCGUGAGCUUUGUUUCGUAGAAAUACUGUCUUAGAAUUCUAGGAACGUCCUUCGGUAUGAGAAUUUAAGAUUCGCAGUGAUGUUUUUCAGAGAAGGUUUUAAAAGUCAAUAUCAAUUAGCACUAAUUUUGUUAUGAAAUAAAAGGUGAGUUUCUUUUGUUUUGAUGUUUGUUACAUAUGUGUAUCGAAUUGAGUGAAUUUUUCCUGCACUUAAUACCCGGUGAUAUGUGCCUGCCUCGAAUUGACUCGCGCGGAACACGGCCGUAACUGCGUUUCUCCCGCUUUAGACACUUACGUCAAGGUCGUGUUGAUCUCUCCGAUUGGUAAACCUGUUGCAAAGAGUAAGACGACGAUACGACGAAGCAUGACGGACCCUGAAUACAAUGAGAGUUUUGUCUUUCAAAUGUCAGAACGUGAUUUAGCCGAAGUAACUUUACAGUUUUCUGUCGUCGCCAUAUCCCGUGCACGCAAGAAGAAGGAGAUUGUUGGUUGGUUUCAUUUAGGAAAGAACAAUAGCGGGCAAGAAGAGACUCUUCACUGGAAUGAACUGCUACAGGCGAAAGAAAAAAGUGUCAGUCGAUGGCAUGUUUUGUUUGAGGAUAUCAAGGAUGUUCGUUAGCUACAAUAUCUAAUCCAUAUCAUAGAUAGUUCUAUAAUAGAUGAUAUAUAAUCAAUAAUAUCGGCAUUCGAUAAUCGAUAUAUAUCAUCAAUAAUAUUGUGAUAUAAUCUUGCCUCGCUGCCAGCUGCUGGAUGCUUGGUUUCGAGUUUUGUUUUAAAUGGUCAAGAAUCAAUAUUUAAGAAAAUUUGGAAACAGAGAGCAUUUUCCCACAAUUCAUGAUAUAUUAUAGAUGUGCAAUGUAGUUUGGGUUACAUUUGAGAUAAUUAUCCAUUCUUAAAAUUUUGAGAGUUUCGCUAUGUUAGUGCGCGUCAUGACGUCACUCCAUAUUGGAGAGUCACGUGAAUUAUUUUUCCAAAGUCAAGUACAAAAUGAUUUGUCUCGUAUGAAAUGACAAUAGUUUACAGUAGUAAGAACUGCACUCUAGGGUAUAGAUCAUUAGUUUCUCACGGAAAUACCAUGACAUACUUGUGGUAUAUAUAAUACUUCUAGUUUAAGAAUUAAGUGUAAUAUGAUGUCGAAAACAAUUCUAUAGAUCACUAUGUUAAUUAAGUUGUUGUAUAUAUUUUAAUUCAAAUACAACGUGAGUAUGUAGGUUAAUAUUUAAUCCAGUACAGUAGAAAUUUUAUAAUGACAAAAUCAAAAAUAUGUACAUUAUAAUAGAAUACUAGACAGUAAAUACAUCUCUCAUGCAAUCAAAUUGUGUUCCAUCGACUUUGCGUGUUUUGUGAAGAUUUUCUGAAUUGUAUUUCUUCAUUCUGAAUUUCAAUUUAUCUGGCCUCCUCCCUAGGCAAAAACAGCAGAAUUUAUAAAGAAAAAGAUGGGGGUAGCAGAGAAUCAUGAGGGAUAAUUGUGCAGUGAGAAAAUAAAAUCCCCAAAUGAAGUAUUGCGUAAUUUUUCCGUUUUUGCCACUGAGUUGUCUGCGAAGGAGGCUACACCAUGUCCAUGUGCGUGCGUUUUGUUUUAUUAUUCUGACGGAGUAAUGAUAUGGAAUAUUAAGCAGAGAAACCGACUCAUUUUAUUUUGAAUUUGGCGACAAGGGCGAGACCAAAACUGCAAGUGAAGGUUUUCAGGUAGAGAACUGAGUCUAGAGUUAGACACAACGAGACCCCUCCACAGUUGUUCACCACAGUAUAUGCAGUCACAUUGUGACCCUUUUCAGAAUGCUAAAAAUCAGUCAAAACAAUGAGUGACUUCGAUGGAAUGGAGAACAGUGGGAUUUUGAAGACAAUGAAAAGACAAUGGAACAUUCUGAUCUCUGGAUGAUGACUGGAUGGCUUGUUAUGCUAAAUGUUAUACAAAGCACCAUUGAUCUCUAAGAGGCAGAAAUUUACUGCUCUCCUGGAAAAACGUCUACGCAUUCACAUUCUACUUAUAAUUUUCCAUGCAUGCAUUCAUGUCAACCUCUCUGCCCAGAUUUCAACUUUUAUUUCUUUUUUCCCUCUAGAUACGUACGUCAAAGUGGCGAUGUUCAAUUCGAUUGGUCAACAGUUAUCAAAAUGCAAGACUUCAAUACGUCGAAAUAUGAUUGACCCAGAAUUCAAUGAGACCUUCGUUUUCCAAAUCAUUGAAUUUGAGCUGCCCAGUGUGAGCAUCAUGCUCUCUGUCAUCAAUAUCAAGAAAAUGCGAAGGAAGGAGAUCAUUGGUUGGUUCUCGAUUGGACACGAUAGUACUGGGGACGAGGAGGACGCUCAUUGGCGGGCUGUGAUGAAUGCUCGCGGUCAGCCAAUCAGAAGAUGGCAUAUACUUAGUUCUGUUGAUUUUUGAACAGGCGCUUUAUAAAUACCAGUUUUGUUUUUCUCGACGAAAACCAUCACAACAGCAGCCAUUAUACACUUAUCCACUAUUAUAAAUUAUUAUAAAUUAUUAUAAAUUAUUAUAAAUUAAUUUAUUUCAAUGUAGCAUCUUAGUUAUUGUACUACAGUCAAUAGAAUCAGAAGGUUAGAAAACUUGAUGCAGACGUAAUAGACCUCAUUAUCUACGUUUUGUCUUGGUUUAUGCAAGAAAUGCUCGGUUCAUCGUCACGUGUGUGUUGUAUUUUCACUAGAGCAACUAUAAUAGCUAUGUUUUCAUUUAACCAUUGUGUAAUAUCACGACUGGGUAAUUAAACCAACACACUGCUAUUGGUUGGUUGGGCGAAAGCACAAUACACGCGUGACGAUGAACCGACCAUUUUCUGCAUAAACCAAGAGAAAAACAUAGAUAAUGAAGUCUAGCUAUUAUGUCUGCAUCGAGUUCCCUAACCUCAUUCAAUUGACUAUGGUUAUUGUAAUAUUGAGGUGUGUUUAUGAAAAAUGUAGAAAAUUAUUAAAAUUAUUAUUUAAAUUAAAUUAUUAUCUUGUACAGAUGUAAACACAUGACGUACUACUUUUUAUUCUGUUUACUCCGCAAACUGUCAAAUAUUAAAUAGAUAUCAAUCACAAUUCGAUGACUUUGUCAGUUCUGUUGUGUUCGGACAAGUUGUUCCCACGAGUAUUCCUAGAGAUAUUGGUGGGCCUAUAACAUUGUUGGCAAUUUCAAAACAC